AUGAGUUCAAGUGAUGAUAAUGAUGAUCGUAUACAGGAAGUGAAAGUCGUAGCACCGAUUAAUAUAGCACUGGUCAAAUAUUGGGGCAAAAGGAAUCAAGACCUUAUGCUUCCACUGAACGAUUCCAUCUCACUUUCUAUCAAUGAUGUUUGUGCGAAAACGAUAGUGCGGAUAGGGCCAUCUAUUAAAAAAGAUUCAGUCUCUAUCAAUGGUUCAAAUGUCUGUUUUUCAAAACACCCGGAAUUUCUUCGGUGUUUUAAAGAAGUGAGAAGACUAAUUCGAAAACGUUCCAUCAUAUCAGAGAGGAAGUCGGGGAAGCAAGACUACUUCAGCAAGUUUGAAAUUGUCUCCGAAACAAAAUUUCCUAUUCAAGUAGGACUUGCUUCUUCAGCAGCUGGUUUUGCGGCUAUUGCAUAUGGUCUUGGGCAGAUUUACCAAUUAACUAUCAGCGACAUAGUUCGUGUUGCUAGAAUGGGCUCUGGAAGUGCAUGUCGGAGUAUUUUAAGUGGUCUUGUGCAUUGGAAAGCAGGUACUGCAGAAGAUGGUGCCGACUGUAUUUGUGAAACGCUUUUCUCAGAAAAUUAUUGGUCUAGCUUGAGGUCACUAAUUUUGGUAACCUCACAUGAUGCAAAGAAAGUUGGCAGUUCUAAUGGAAUGGAAUUAACUGUUAAAACUUCAAAAUUAUUGCAAGCUAGGAUGGAUAUUGUGCCUGGACAAAUAAUGAAAUUAAAAAAUGCUUUCCGCGAUAGAAAUUUCGAGGAAUUUGCCAAAGUAGUAAUGUCAGACAGUGGACAAUUGCAUGCUUUAUGUAUGGAUACCAUGCCGUCUCUUAAAUAUUUGAACGAUAAUUCUUGGUAUUUUAUGCGACUUAUUUAUGCUCUGAACAGACAUUGCAAGAGCACGAAAGUGGCUUACACAUUUGAUGCCGGUCCGAAUUGCUGUUUAUUUUUGGAAUCUGUUAACGUGCCAUUAAUUCUGGCUGCUAUCAAUAAAUAUUGCAAACUACAGUCUGACCUCAUAGAGCGCGUAACGAAGUGUUCUGCUGCAUGUGAAUAUCAAAAUUUGAAAAGUUUGGUAGAAAAAGAACAGGAAAAUCUGGUGUUAUUCGAAUCUAUGGGCGGCGAAGAGAACAGCGAGAUUGAACCGAUGGAGGGUGCUGUCAAGGAUAUUUUUCUUAGUUGUGUAGGAGCUGGACCGGUAUUAGAGGAGAGUAUUUGA